AUGACGCGAGCACUCGCUCUUCUGGCGGCUUCCGUCCCCUGGACCACGCUCGUCGCCGCCAAGUAUGCCCACGUUGCCGAACCUCUCCUGCCACGCACCGUCACGUCCCUCGACGCUGCCGCAGUCGCCGAGGCCCAGCAGCGCGACGACACCGCCACCCGCGCCUUUUCCAACGUGCAGAUCACCACCGCCGACGGCCGCUGCCUGUUUGUCGACAAGCUCUCGGGUGACUUCCGCGAGAAUCUGACGCCCGUGCAGGUUGCCGCCUGUGGCUCCACCGACGGCCAGGGCUGGGACGUCAUCACGGCCGGCAAGCACAACAACGUCGCCAACGCGGCCCUCGUUGUCAGCACCCUCACCAAUGCAUGCCUCAAUUUCGACCCGCGCCGUGCCGCCGGCAACCAGGUCCUGCUUUUUUCGUGCGGCGGGCGGGCCGACGGCGGCGGGCUUGUGACCAACUCGCAGCUCUUCUCGUUCAAUGGCACCGAGACGGGCCCCAUUCCCUUGGAGCCCGAGAACCAGCCCGGGUCGUGUCUGGCUGUCAAGGGCAAUGUGGUGGACAUUGCCACUUGUGACGCCGCCGACGCGAACCAGUCGUUUGUCUUUGGGGCAGCGGCCGCCGGGGUUGCGCCUUCGGCUGCUUCAUCCCCUGCAUCUGCUGCUGCGUCGGCUCCAGCAACAGCAGCAGCAGCAGCAGCGUCGUCGUCCUCAAACUCGUCCGUCACGUCGGCCGUACUUGCAGCGACGUCUAGCAUUGCUGCGCCAGGCACCCUGCCGUCUGCCUUGCAGACUGCCUCGGCCUGCUCCGGCCGCACACGUACCGUCAUCAAGACCGUGACAGCAUCCGCCUCCGCGGCGAGCAGCAGUGGUGCCGGCGUCGCUCUCGGCGCUGCAAACCCUGACCCACUAUCCUCGUCGGCUGCCACGGCUGCGGUCACGGGCACGGUCACUGCCAUCCCCCAGCCUGAUUCCGCCGUUCCCGUCUCCCGCGGCGGCAACCUCAGUCCCUCUGCUGCCGCCGAGGCCAACCCCGUCGACAACACCGCGAAGCGCAACUUGACCAGCGUCACCAUCCGCGCGCCCAACGGCCAGUGUCUCUUUGUCGACCCCACCGCCGGCGACUUCCGCGAAAACCUCAUCCCCGUCUCGCUCGUCGACUGCUCCGGCACGCCCAACGAGCGCUGGGACGUCGUGACGUCCGGCGCCCACAACGACGUGCCCGGCACCGCCCUCAUUGUCAGCACCCUGACCAACGGCUGCAUCAGCUUCGACGGCCGGCGCGCCGCCAACGACACGGUCAACCUCUUUUCGUGCGGCGGCCGCGCCGACGGCACGGGCCAGACGAAUGCGGACCAGCUGGUGCCCUUUGUCGGCGCCUUCAGCUUUGCCUUGGCACCCUCGGGCGAGAACGGCAAGGUAUGCAUUCUGCCGGGCGCAGACAAUGGGCGCCUGAUUUCGGGGGCGUGCCCGACCAACGGCGCGCAACUGUUUGCCGUCUUCCCUUGA